AUGAAGGCGUGGGAGGCUACGGUUCGAAAGACUCAGGCGGCUGCGAAGAAACGAGCCCACAGCAUCUUUGGAACGCCGUACGUGGCGCAUGCAGACGACGAUGACGAAGAAUACGAGCAAGAUGAAAUUUAUGCCGGCGGUGAUGGAAGCGGUGAGAUAUACCUUGCGGAUAGAGUUCUAUCCAAUGGUGAUUACUACACCGGCCAAUGGUGCGACAAUUUCCCGCACGGAACAGGGAAGUAUUUAUGGACAGAUGGGUGCAUGUACGUGGGAGAAUGGGCUAGAGGCAAGACAAUGGGGCGAGGAAGGUUCAGUUGGCCUUGUGGAGCUACCUAUGAAGGAGAAUUCAAGAAUGGUUAUAUGGAUGGGAAAGGUACAUUCACGGGCUCUAAUGGAGAUACGUAUAGAGGUUUUUGGGUUAUGAAUUUGAAACAUGGCAACGGCAUAAAGAACUUUGCCAGUGGCGACUGUUACGAUGGCGAAUGGUGCCGGGGAUUGCAGGAAGGGCAGGGCCGGUACCAAUGGAACAAUGGGAAUUACUAUGCUGGGGAGUGGAAGAAUGGGGUGAUUUCCGGUAAAGGGAAGUUCAUCUGGACUAAUGGGAAUAGGUAUGAUGGGUAUUGGGAAGAUGGGUUGCCAAAAGGAAAUGGAACUUUCCGAUGGGCAGAUGGAAGUUUCUAUGUGGGUAAUUGGAGCCAGGAUCCCAAGGAACAGAAUGGGACUUAUUAUCCAUCAGGGACAUCCCCAGAGGGAAAUUUUGAGUGGGAUCCUCAGGAGGUGUUCAAUGUCGAUUUGAGUGACUGUAAGGUUUGUCCGAAUGAGAAGAUCCCCAUCAUGCCAUCCCAAAAGAAGCUUGCAGUGUGGAGGUCCUCCAAGGCCGUGGAUAAUGGCAUAAGGCCAAGGAGAAUGUCUGUUGAUGGGAGAAUAGAUUCCGGUGUGGAUAAGGAGUUCAAUAGAAUGCGCAUGCUGGAGGGCGCCGGGCCUUCUUGUGAUUCUAAUUUUGAUAGGAAUUUUAUGGGUGGCAGGGACGAUGCGAGUAUGCACCUUGACAAUCCUUGUUCCAGAGGGAGCCCAAUUCGGAUACCAAAGGCCAUAAAGAGACAAGGGGAGACAAUUUCCAAGGGGCAUAAGAAUUACGAGUUAAUGCUCAAUUUGCAGCUGGGAAUCAGGCAUGCCGUCGGAAGACACGGUCCAGUUUCAACACUGGAUUUAAAAGCUUCAGCUUUCGAUCCCAAGGAAAAGGUCUGGACAAGAUUUCCUUCAGAGGGAUCCAAAUACACUCCACCACACCAGUCUAUUGAAUUUCGGUGGAAGGAUUAUUGCCCAUUAGUUUUUAGGACGUUGAGAAAAUUAUUCAAGGUGGAUCCAGCUGACUACAUGUUGUCCAUUUGUGGAAAUGAUGCACUUCGAGAACUCUCAUCUCCCGGAAAGAGUGGAAGCUUCUUUUACUUAACCAAUGAUGAUCGUUACAUGAUAAAAACAAUGAAGAAAGCAGAAGUAAAAGUCCUUCUAAGGAUGCUUCCAGCUUAUUACAAUCAUUUUCGUGCAUUUGAGAACACCUUAGUCACCAAGUACUUCGGCUUGCAUUGUGUAAAGUUAAAUGGUCCUGCUCAAAAGAAGGUUCGAUUUAUCAUUAUGGGAAAUCUCUUCUGUUCUGAGUAUACAAUUCACAGACGAUUUGAUCUCAAAGGAUCUUCCCUUGGUCGAAUGACGGAUAAACCAGAAGCUGAGAUUGAUGCAACUACCACUUUGAAAGAUCUUGAUGUUAAUUUCAUAUUUAGACUCCAAAAGACAUGGUUUCAAGAGUUUAGAAGGCAAGUUGACAGAGAUUGCGAGUUUCUUGAACAGGAAAGAAUCAUGGAUUAUAGCCUUCUAGUGGGCCUUCACUUUAGGGAUACAACCGAUUGCGGCGAUCUCAUUCCCUCCGGCUCCCGGACACCUACUGAUAAUGAAGAUCCGGAGACAGAGUCAUCAGUCCCUAGGCUUUCCAGAGCAGACGUGGAUCAGCUUCUUCUUGAUCCAGCAGCUUGGGCUAGCAUAAAGCUGGGAGUGAACAUGCCAGCGAGAGUAGAAAGAACCGAGAGGAAGAUCGACUGCGAGUUCCAGCUCGUCGGAGAUCCUACCGGCGAGUAUUACGACGUCGUGAUGUUCUUCGGCAUCAUCGACAUACUUCAAGACUAUGACAUCACGAAGAAGCUCGAGCACGCCUACAAGUCCAUCCAGUACGAUCCAACCUCGAUCUCGGCCGUCGAUCCGAAACAAUACUCGAGGCGCUUUCGCGAUUUCAUCUUCAAAAUCUUUGAGGAAGAUGCUUGA